AAGGACACUGAUUCAGCUACAUAAUGGCUUGUAUAAGUUCUUAAUUCUUAGUGCUGCGAAAACAACAAUGAUUGAAAUGCUACCCUCAUAACGCUUUACGGACGAUAAAAUGGAAAACUGAACAGCAGCGAAAGUCAUGGAUCCCUUUCGUGUUAAGCUGUUGUCUAUCUCAAAUGGAAUCACUGAUCGAGAAUUCGUUGAGUUGAAGUUUAUGUGCAAGCAGCACAUUCCUGUCGGAGUUUUGGAGAGACUUAAAAGGCCACUAGAGUUGUUUGAUGAACUUGAAAACAGAAACUUGCUAAAUGCGGAGAACAAGGAAUUUCUGGCCGCCAUCUUAUGUGGAAUCAAUCGCCUGGAACUGAGAGAUGACCUAUUGGAUCAAGCCAGUGAAAGAAAAGUUUCAUCUCCAUUGAAUACAUUUCAAGAAUCUUUAUGUGACCUAUACAAGAAUGUGAUUGGAUGGCUACAGCCUCUUGCAUGGAAUAAGUCAUUUCAUAUUCACAUCAAACACAUCUAUACCAAUCUCCAGAUGAUCACAGAGACUCAUCAAGGGAGAACCAUUAAAAAGGAGCCCUUGAACUCGUAUGUUGAGGUCUUUCAACAGCGCUCACCUUUCACCAAGCAAAAACGUAUCCUUAUUGAAGGACAAGCUGGUGUGGGAAAGAGUACGUUUUUGUCACUGAUAGUGUACGACUGGGCUUGUGGAAAUCCCAAUUUACAGCAAUUCAAGCUUAUCCUUUUUAUGGAACUGAAGCAGAUGAAAGGAAAUCUGAAGAGUGACCUUUUUGAGUUUCUCUUUCCAAGAGAUUUCCCUUACUCUGCUGAUUAUCUCUUCCAGUAUAUCUCUGCCAACCAAGAAGAUGUUCUUUUAAUUUUAGAUGGUUAUGAUGAAGUCAAUCCUGUACAACUGAAGGAUAUUGAAGAUCUCAUCAUGGGCAAGAUAUUCAGAAAUUGUACUGUCAUUGUGACGUCACGGCCAGGUAAAGGUGCCCGUGUACACUGGUUCAUGGAUUCUCGUAUUGAGAUCACUGGUUUCACAAGUGAGAACAUUCAUGAAUUUGUUCUCAAGUACUUUCAAGAUGAUGUACCAAUGGCUGAGAGUUUGAUAGCACAACUUGAAAUGCAUCCUGUUGCUGAGAACAUUGCCAGAAUUCCUCUUACAGCAAUGCUCAUCUGUGCAAUGUGGGAGGAGAUGCCUCAAGCAGCUCUGCUUUCAUCAAUGACAACUCUUUUCACUGAACUCACUCUUUUGCUUGUGAAGAGAUAUUAUGCUAGACAAUCUGGUCAGAACAGCAUUGAUCCUGGUGAUAUCUCCACCCUAGAAGAUAUUCCAGAUGAUCUAUUCCAGAGCCUUUUAUCACUGGGGGAAAUUUCACUCAAUGGAUUGCUGAAUGAUCAGUUACUUUUUGACGUACAGGAACUUGAGAGAAAGUGCACCUACAAAGGUGUUUUAGACAUUGGUUUCCUAUCAAAGGAGUUGGGAGCUUCAAGGCUUAAACCCGUUGAGAAGUGUCGGUUUUCACACAGAUCCUAUCAAGAAUUUCUUGCAGCCCUGUGGUUGAGCAACAAGAUCAAGCACGCUUUCACAGACAGAUCUGUCUUUGAUUUUGUCAGUGUUUACAUCAUGAACUGCCUGUCCUCAGGAUUAAAUUCUGUUCUCUUUCUUUUCACACCUGGGCUAUUAGGAGAUGCCUUUCCACCUGUGCUGGAGCUUCUUUUGCAGGAAGGUGCUGCUGAGGUUGAAGAAGAUGUAAGCCUUGCACAGUUGUUCUUUGAAGUUUGUAUUCUCGCCUUAUAUGAAUCAAACCAGGGACAAUUGGCCUAUAAACUGGGGUCACAAAUGCCCCCAGGUGUGGCAGCACUACAUCAUUUAAAUGCAACCCCAUACAAAGUUAGGGCUCUGGUUUUUUUUCUGUUGAAUGUCCAAACAGUGAAGUCUCUACUGAUAGAGCACAGUCAAGUAGGAAAGCAAGCUCUACAAGUACUUGCAAGGUUCCUACCUGAAAUGGUCUCAGUCCAAGAGGUAAACCUGCAGUCAAACAUGAUCACUGAUGGUAAUUUGAUUGCUUUUACAAAGUCACUCUCUCAUGUGCCUCAUCUGGAAAGGUUAUCACUUGCAAACAACUGCAUCACAGAUCAUGGUUUGGGGUUUCUAAUCUCAGCUUUUAAAGAUCUUCCAAAUUUGGAACACUUGGAUCUCCAUGGCAACAAGCUCUCUGAUGCAGGUUUUGGAUUGGUAGCUCCAGCACUCUCACUCCUACCAAAGCUAAAAGAGCUGCGGCUCGGUUGUCCUGUGGUAUCUGGGACAGAAGAAAUGCCACAAGGUGAAGAAAGGAGUUCACCCAAAGUGUUGUCUGAGACAGUGUUUAAUUCCCUGAUGGAGGCUGUCCAUUCUCAUGCAACGCUACAAGAAGUCAGCUUGGACACAAAAGCCCUGCCAUUGGGGCUGGAUUGUUUAAUGUUUGACAGGCUCAAGAUUUCCUGAAUUAUUGUUGAAGAAAUCUUCAACACAUUUAAUCUUCAACAAAUACCUCCAAAUAUGCAAAAGAUUUGUCAUAGCAGUGGUUCCAUUGAGCAUUCAUAUGAAACUAGGAUAAGGAGUUUGCCCCUGGUUGAAAUGAAACGAGGAACUGUUUUUUUUUAUAACUUGAUUGAAUUAAAAGAUUAUAGUUGGACAGAAACUUAAUAAUGUAUAGUAAAGUCACUCUUCCUCUCUUACUAGUUAUUCUCAUUUUUUUUUUUUAACAUCUGUACAAAGUUUUUUUUAAUGGUGGCAAGUGGGAGUUAAAAAUGAGGGGGGUAGGGGGGGGGAUUUUUUUUUCACACUACUCCCUUCAUGAAAAAAUUGCACUUCACUCCAGCCUCUUGCUUGCCUCCAUUUGCCAAUAAAAUGCAAAAAAAA